AUGGCUUCAUUCGCCAAUUCACGUGUUUGCGACACGCAAGGCGGCUUGGUUUUCUUCAAAUUUCCGAAUGAGUUGCGCAACUUGAUCUACAAAUACUAUCUUCAGCUUGAUGAAGGAUACAAGCUUGAUCCGCACACCAACAAGCUGCGAGCCGGCAACGACGAACCUAUCUCUCUCGACUUGUUGUACACCUGCAAGCGCGCUGCUUUGGAGAUGCAAGGGUUACCCUUCCAGCAUAACACCAUCACUUUCUCCGCAUUUCACCCCCGAUUAAGGACUGACGGCAUCAAUGUUGGACGAUUCCAUCACAUGAUGAAUAUGAUGGACGAGGAACUUGCGGCUCAAUUUGAGCAACUUCCCCCAAGAUACUUCCACAGCCAGGUGGUGAAGGAAGUCGCAGCUGCUUAUCCGGCCUUCAUUCCCGUUCUAGACGUGAUGAAGACGGACCACGGUAAUCUCGGAAAUUUUCGAAGCUCUUACGGUGAAACUCCAUCGUCCUGCCGCGACUUUGUUCGAUUUACGCUCAAAAGUAUCUCAUCCAACAAAUCACUGUUCAGCGACUACGACAGAAUCAUUAACGAAGUGCACUGGGUCGACGAAUAUUAUGGCAACGAAAGCCCAAUUGAACAACCAACUGUUCCACCAGACCGACUCUUCGAAUUUGCCCCUGACCCAUGGGCAAUUCCAUCUCAGAAUGUUCUCGAUCAUUUCAGUUACCUCCUUGAUCCCGAGAAUUGCAGACUCUCUUGUGUCUCGGACGACUUGUACCAGGAUGAGGAGACUUCCGUCGAUCCGCAGCGGUUCCGCUACUCCGCUGUUGCAGCUGCCGUCAAGUUUCUGGAUUCGAUUUCCCCGAUACUUCGCGGUUGUAUUCGCAACAUCAGGCUCAUGGAAGAUCAAAUGUCUGUCUGCAAUCCUCAAUGCCACGGAUUGGGGAUGAUUCGGUUCUGCAAAGAAAACCCGAAUCUACGCAUUGAACGUCGCGUCAAAUUAUGGGAUACUGUAUUUCAGGAGAAUCUUCUUCACUUGAAACCUGAGAAGGCGAGACAACCUCCCCGGAAAGUGCUGGCGGAUGAAGUCUCUUACCUCAUAGCUGUCUGGGUGGUGGAAGCCUUGGCGUUGCCGUCAUCUGGCAUGCCUCCAGAUGCCUUCAAACUCAUAUUUGAUGGAGAUUCUGAGGGAGAUCGAAGCUGUGAACAAAUCUUUCAGGACGUCCUGCUGCGUGACGCUGCUUGGCGGGCAGGAAUGGACGAGUGCUUCAAACGAGGCUUUCUUCCACAGCUAUCUUGGCGGGAGAGGAGACAGACUCCUUGGGGUGGAAUAAUGGAUGUCGUAGGACAUAUCCCUAACCCAGAUUAUGCUCGUCAUGACAGUCCUGAAAAUCGAUGUCAUAUCUUCGAGAGCUUUCCGCAGGCGAUAGAAAACCUUGUCAAAGGCAACUCUCUCGUGUCUUGCAGUUUUCAUCCAGGGACUGUCUGGGAUAUUGAGACCCUGGUUAAGGAACGGCGGUCAUGGUCUCUGACCAAAUGGAGAUAUGGUUGGUAUCGGGGCAAGCAGUCUUAUGUAAGAGGUCAUCUCGAACCUGAAGCCUCCUUUCCGUAG